GAGAGCACAAACGAAAUUACGAACAUGUUCGUCGAAAAAUUCUGCACUAACAGCAUUCAAAUUUUCGUACGUAAAUAUUGUUUACUCAUUACGGUUCAAACUCCACAGAUAACAGGAAUUUUUCAGUAGAUAAGAGGAGCUGUACUAUGUUUUCUUCUAAACGAAAUGAUUUAUCGAUUUAAUCGUUCUCAUGUACGUAUCGAUCGUUGAUACAAUUUGUAAUUUUUCGUAAAGUAGAGCAGAUUGAGAAAAAAGAAUUUAUAACGAUUACGAAAAUUUCGUUUCGUAUAAUAAGCGUAUUAUGAUAAACUGUCUAAAAUAACUGUAACACAUGUAACGCUAGCGAUAAUUCGUACGAAGUUAAAUUUUAUGGUCAAGAAGAUAACAGAUAAAGAUUUUGCGAUCGUACGACGUGGAGAUCUCGAGAAUAACGGAAAGUGAAAAGUAGGUAACGACGGAACGGUUGCCAUGUUUUUGCCCCACUGUUUAGUUAGAGCGAAUCUACAUUUCAUAAGGAGUGUAGCGAACAUCGAAUCAGCUAGUAACAGCGCUACUUUAUCGCGAAUAUUAUCAUUAAAGAUUCGCUCGUCUCAUUGCCAAACCACACAUUCAUUCGUUAGGACGUUCAGUGUUUCAUCUGUGACAAUGGCUAAAAUAAAGGCAGGAGCUGUCGUUGAUGUUUUGGGAGAUGAAAUGACCAGAAUCAUUUGGGAUUCUAUUAAAGAAAAACUGAUUUUACCUUAUUUAGAUAUCGAAUUGCACACUUAUGAUUUAGGCAUAGAAAACCGAGAUAAAACUGACGACAAAGUAACUGUGGAAUGUGCAGAAGCUAUUAAGAAAUACAAUGUAGGAAUUAAAUGUGCUACUAUUACACCCGAUGAAAAGAGAGUAGAAGAAUUUAAGUUAAAACAAAUGUGGAAAAGUCCAAAUGGUACUAUCAGAAAUAUUUUGGGUGGCACAGUUUUCCGUGAGGCCAUCAUCUGUAAAAAUAUCCCUCGUUUAGUAACUGGCUGGACCAAACCAAUUAUUAUUGGUAGACACGCUCAUGCGGAUCAAUAUAAAGCCGUAGAUUUUGUAGUACCUGGACCAGGCAAACUUGAACUCUCGUGGACUGGGGAUAAUGGAGAAAAAAUUCAACAUACAGUUCACUCCUUUAAGGGCCCUGGAAUUGCUCAAGCUCAGUAUAAUACGGAUGAAAGUAUUCGUGCUUUUGCUCACAGCUCUUUCCAGUAUGCUCUGUCGAACGAUUAUCCUUUGUAUCUUUCAACAAAGAAUACAAUUCUUAAGAAGUAUGAUGGAAGGUUCAAAGACAUUUUCCAGGAAAUAUAUGACAAAGAAUAUAAAACACAGUUUGAAGCUAAAAAGCUUUGGUAUGAGCAUCGUUUAAUCGAUGAUAUGGUAGCGUAUGCAAUGAAGUCAGAGGGUGGUUUUGUAUGGUCUUGCAAGAAUUAUGAUGGAGAUGUUCAAUCUGAUUCUGUGGCACAAGGAUACGGAUCCCUAGGUUUGAUGACUUCGGUUCUGAUUUGUCCAGAUGGUCGUACAGUAGAAGCGGAAGCUGCCCAUGGUACUGUUACUAGACAUUAUCGUCAGUACCAGCAAGGAAAAGAGACUUCCACUAAUCCCAUUGCUUCGAUCUUUGCAUGGACAAGAGGUUUGCUUCACCGUGCGAAACUAGAUAAAAAUGAGUCUUUAAAGACAUUCGCAGAAACUUUGGAGAAAGUCUGCAUUAAUACUAUUGAAUCAGGUUUUAUGACUAAGGAUCUUGCAAUUUGUAUUAAAGGCAUGAAUAAUGUUACUAGAUCUGAUUACUUAGAAACAUUUGAAUUUAUGAACAAAUUGGCAGACAACUUGAAGGAACAGCUGAAGUGACUAGAAGGCAAUUCUUUUGAUGUACAAUCAAAGUAUUAAAGAUAUAUACGAAUAAUAUACAUUACUGGUUGAAGGGGAAAAAUAGCAUUUAAUUUGUAGGUUGUAAGCAAUUGAAACUAAUACAUUGCAACAACAAUGAAAUUAAUAUAUUCCAAUUGUAACAUUGGAAACCUGCAUUAACAGAACAUACAUUUGACAUUAUAUACACUUACACUUUUGUUACAGAAAAUAAAGAUUUUUAUAAAAACGUUAAUU